AUGAGUGACGACGAAGACCGUCAAGCCUCUCGCAGGGCUUCCGGCGAAGAGGAGGAGGAAGAAGAGGCGUUUUCGGGGUCUUCUUCUUCCGAGGAAGAAGAGGAAGAGGAGCGGAAGUCGAGUCGCCAUGGAAAGAAGAGCAAGCGGAAGGGCGGGGCUUCGAGCCGCCGCAGCCGCAGCAAAGAAGGAAGCAAGAGAAAGAAACGACGGGGCGUGAAUGCUUUCCUCGAUGUGGAGGCUCAGGAAGGCGACGACGACGAAGACGAGGAGGGCGACGAUCUCUUUGACUACAGCGACGAAGCGGCGCAGGCGGCGCGGCUGGCGGCGCAGGCGGCGGAGCGACGCGCAGGUCCACGCGAGGCCCGCGGCGGCCCCCGGCGCGGUGGCGCGGGUCACCUCGAGAACGCGAUCGACUCGCUCACGCGGCGCUACCAAGAUCAGACUUUCGAGGAGGGCGAAGAGGAAGAAGAUGACCUCGACGCCGACGCCUACGCAUUCGAGGAUCCGAAUGAAAACAACCUGCUGCCAGACAUCACCGACCCGAAGCUCUGGAUGGUGAAGCUGAACAAAACGGGAGUGGAGCGCGAGGUGUGCGUCUCGAUCCUGAACAAAAGCUUCCAGAUGCAGGAGAAGGGACACGACUGCGAAAUCUAUUCCUGCUACGCGAGUGAUGACCUGAAGGGCUACAUCUACGUCGAGGCGUUCAGCCAGUACGCGAUCAAGGAGGCGCUCCAAGGCCUGCGACUCAUUCGCACCUACGGGGAAAUCAAAAUGGUACCCCUCGAGGAAAUGACUGCGGUCUUCAACUCGGUCAGGUCGCAGACGCCGUACAUUCCGCAGCGAAACGACUUUGUGCGCGUGAAGAGAGGCCUCUACGCGAACGACAUCGCCCAAAUUCACCAAGUGGAGGAGCAGGGCAUGGUCGUGACCGUCCGCCUCAUUCCGCGCCUCGACUUGAACGACGUCCUCGACCGAGAAAAGCGAGGCGACUUCGGCCGUCGAGGAGACAUGGCGGCCCUGAAGCGAAUGGGCGGCGUGCGGGCGCAGAAGCGCUUUUUCGAUCGCGACGAGGUAGAUGCUCGCGGCGGACAAGUCGAGCAAGGCGUCCUGCCAGGGACGGUUCGCUUUGCAGGCAUGACCUUCGAAGAGAGCGGAUACCUCCUGAGACGCAUCGCUGUGCGGCAUCUCCUCGUCGGCUCCGCGGCGGCCCCCUCGCUGGCGGAAGUCACCGAGUUCGUCCAGGGCCAGCAAGGCAAAGAAGAGGAAGAUCUCAACGAACUCCGCCGGCCGCUGUCGUCAUUUCUGAAGCGCCAGCGCAGCGCGUACCGACUAGGCGAGCGCGUGCGAAUUGUGGGCGGCGAGCUCCAGGGCAUGCGCGGAAAGAUUGGAGAACGCAGGCAGGACCCUGAGGAUGACGACGACGAAGAGUCAGUCGAAGUUAUCCUCGAGGACAAGACACUCGGCGCCAUCAUGCUCCCGACGAGCCACGUCGUGAAAGACUUGCAGCUGGGCGAGAACGUGCGCGCAGUGGGGGGCGUCAACGCAGGGCACAGCGGUUUGAUUACGUCGAUCGAUUUCACCAAGCAGACGGCGACUGUCUUCUCGCCGUCAGCAGGCCUCGAGUUUACAUGCGGUCUGGAGUCUCUGACAGCGGCGCCGGACUCGGGCCUUGGCGAAGAGGGCUUGUCUUCGGUGCGGGGCUUUCACUUGGGGGACUUUGUCGAGUUGACGGGCGGCGAGAAGGGCGUGCUGGUUUUCAUCGAUAAGAACCAGUCCUCGAUUCGACUCCUCCUGCCCUCGAACUCCACCGUCGCGGCGACCGCGGCGCAACUUGCCUCCAAGAGAAGCACCGACCUUCUCACGGCUCAGGACGAGGCGCGGGCGACAAUUGAGAAAGGCGCGUCGGUGGUCAUCUCUAAGCAGCAAGGCAUCCUGCCUUCCUUCGCGAGCGCAGCGCCCGGCGGGUCCUACGUGGGCACCACGCUGGGCAACCUGCUCGGGAUCCCCACGACCGCGGUCGGAGGGGGCCUUGGAGCCCAAAACCCGCAGGGCCCAGGAGGGGCGGGGACUGGGGGCGUGGGCCUCAAGGGCGCACACGCAAAGGUGCUGCACGUCUGGAAAGACCGGGUCUUCCUCAAAGUGAUCGGGCGCCGCGAGAACGGCGGAAUCAUCGCCGUCGACGCGAAGCACGUCCGCCUCUCAGGAACGCACGCCUUCCGGUCGAACUUCCCGCAGGAUGCCUUCUCCCGAAACGCGGGUCAAGACCCCACACAUAUCCUUGGAGCCGGACGCGGUCGCGCCCUUGCCAUGCGCGGCGGCCUCGGCGGAUGGGGUCGCGGCCGAGGCGGCGGAGGGGGCGGCUUCCGCAGAAAUCCGUACCUUGGGAAACUCGUCAAGAUCAUGAAGGGAAGAUACAGAGGACUCAUGGCGACUGUCCGACGCGUCGAGCAAACUGAACUUCACGUGUUGCUGCAGAUGAAGGAGCAGGAGCUCAAGAUCCCCAAGUGCGACGUCCAGUUGAUUGAGUCCGGCAGAGACUACCAGAGCUUUGUGGGUCGUAUGGCGGCCGCGCCGCCACCUUCCCUCGACGGGCUGCCGCCGCUCGCGACGGGCGCGCCGCAUGCAGCGGGGGCUGCCGGGGCGUCGGCUACGGGCGUGGGGCCAGUGGAGACGUCUUCUCUGUUGGGCUCUGUCUCCGCGUCCCCCGCCCGGACGCGGUCGCUCACGCCGAUCUCCUCCUCCACGGCGUUCGCGCCGCCCUCGCUCUCUUCGCACCCUAGCUUUGCGCGCCAGAUGGAGAAAGACGGGGGGCAGGCCUCCUGCUUCUUCGACGCAACUGGCGGCUCCGCCGUGGGCAGCGUCCGCAGAGGCAGCGUCGCCAGUUCCUUCCGAAUCGACGACGGCUCCAGCGCUGACGGCGCGCUUCUCACGCCCCGAGACGACGAGGCCAUCUCGAAUUCGUCUAUGUCCAUGAGCAUGACGAACAUGUCGAUUUCGACGGCGAGCCCGGGCCGCAAGCCCCCCGACUGGUGCUGUCCGGGCGUCGAGGUCUGCGUUACAGCUGGAACUGGCGGCUACCGCGGAAAAAUUGGAGUCAUCGGCCAGAUUCUCCCUCAGGACGAUCAUCUGCUCUGCCACGUGUACAUCGGCGACGAAGACCUCAUUGCGAUUGCAGCGGAGAGCCUGUCGCCGGUCAUUCCUUCGCAGCCCGAUCCAAACAAGAGGGUGAUGAUUCUCGACCGCGAUUGCUCGGAGUUCGGGAGGACUGGCGUCUGGGUCCAAGCGAUCAGCCCCACUUGCGCGGUGAUUCGCACAGACAACGCAGGCGAGGUCAUGUGCGACCCGCGCCUUUUGGUCAACUACAACCCGCCGCCUGAAGACGACGAAUAA